AUGAAAAAAUAUAUUUAUAUUAUUAGUUUGGCUGCAUUUUUUAUUUCCUUCGAUAUAAUUUAUGCAACAAAAAUUGAGGAAAAUAAAAACAAAAAUGCCCAAAAGUUAAACAAUUAUAAUCCAUACCAUAAUUUAAAAGAAAGUGAUUUUGAUAAUUCAAACUUUUCAAAUGAAAAACAAUAUGAUAAUGAAAAUAAUUCCAUUAAUAAUGAAAAAUAUAUACAGCCACAUUCAAUAAAUAACAACUCCCUUCUAAAUAAAAAAGACAUAAACAAUGCAAAACUCACAUUAUAUAAUAAGACAAAUAAUAUUGAUGAUUUUAGAAAUUUUAAUCAUGAACAUGAAAAAACAAAUAACAACUUAACUGAAAUUAAAAAGUCUUUUUUACAAAUAAACAUUGUAUCUCAAGUAAGUCAUGAAGUAUUCAAUAUGAUCGAAGUUCUAUAUGGUGUAAAUGAUAAUGACAAUGUGCUAUGGCCUUUUUACAAACCUAUAUAUUCUUCUAAAUAUAUUGUAAAAAUAUUCGAUAAAUUCAAUAUACAUCAAACUUCUAGUAAAAAAAUUAAAAUGAAGAAAGAUCAUGACCAGGUUUUUAAUAAAAUCGCAAUAACAAACGGAUCAUGCAUAACCGAAAGAGAUGAGCUAAUAAAACAAAUGGGCAAUAUGCACAAUCCUUUAUAUAAUUUUUAUAAUAAUCCUCCGAUGGAUGACUACAACUUAUAUAAAUCAUCAAAAAACAAGUUUGUAAAUUGUUUAAAAAAUAAUUUUGAAAGCAUAAAAGAUGAACUAAAUAAUAUUAUUUCGAGUGAACAAAAACUGUAUAAAAUGGAAUGCACAAGUAACAAAAAGUUCCAUACUAUUACUCAGAAAUAUUCUGAAUUUUGUAAAAAUACAAUGAAUAUCGGUGUAACUUAUAAAAAAAAAUCGGAAAUUCCCAACGAUAAUGAUACUAUUCCAUUUAUAGAUUUUCUAAUAGAAAAAUUAGAACUAAAAGAUUAUCUAAAGGGUAUUGCAAUCAAACUAAAAUUUAUAAAGGAACAAUUCAAGGAUAUUAAAAAUAAAUAUGAAAAACACAUAAAAAUAUACGAAAAAGAAGAUGCUUCUGUGAAAAAAUGUACAGAACCCACUUUUAUUGAUAAUAAUUGUGAUAAUCAUUUUAAUAAUUUUAAAACGAGAGCCGAGUCGUAUGGUAUUUUAGAUUAUAAUGGUAGCAUUAUACAAAAUUUAGAAGCAAUAUAUUAUACUUAUGUGGAAUCCUUAGAUUACUUUUUUAAAUCAAUAGGGGAAAUAUUAAUAGACAAACCAGAUUCAAAUGGAAAUAUAAUAGAAAAAGAUGGUAUUAAUGAUUAUGAUUUGUCAAAACCACAAUCUAGAUUAAAAGUAUUAGAAGCUGACUUCCAUACAACAUUUGAAAAUACAUUGGAUUUUUAUAAAAAUAAACGAAAUCGUGAUAAUUCCAAUGAUAUAAACAAAAAUAUAUUAUUAAUUUUACCACUUAUGGAUCAAUUUACAGAUUUAAAUAAGUCUAUGCUAAAAUUAAAAAAUGAUGCCGCUUCAGAAAAAUAUGUAAUUAUUACUCAAAUAAAACAAAAAUUAAAUCAAUCAACUUAUGAUGAUAAAAAAACAGGAUUUACAUCUGCCCUCAAAUUAGCAGAAAGUUGGGAAACGAAAAGACUCGAAACAAUAGCGAAGUUAAACGAUAAAAACGAAGAAACUGUUAAAUUGGAAAAUGAAAUUAGAGACUUAUUUAAAAAAUACUCAGAUGAGGUGGCUGAAAAGAAAUAUAUAGAAGAAUUAAAAUUAAAAUUAAAAGAAACAAUAAAAGACAUAUAUAAAAAAAAGGAAUAUAUUAAAAAAGCAAUUGACUUAAAGAAGGAAAUAGAAAAUAAGAAUAAAUACAUUGAUGAAUUAGGUAAAAAGACGCCAUUUCAAAUUGAGGAAUAUGUAAAGAAAAAAGAUACAAUAUAUAGUACAAUAAAAACAGAGUUAUCCGAAAUUUAUAAAGGUAACAUUAUUGAGCUUUACAAUGAAUUGUCUUCUGUAGUUCAAGAAAAUACCAUUGAUCCUAUAAAAAAUAAAAAAGAACUUGAAACUUUAAAAUCGGAAAUAGAUAAUGUAUAUAAUAAAAUCCAAAACAUGAAAAUUGAAGAAGUUGAACUACAUCUAAAGAAUAUAGAAACUAGCAAAAAUGAACUAUCAAACUUAAUUUUAGAAAUAAUAAAAUAUAUAUUUGGAGAAAUUGACAACGAUCUAAAUAAAACAUUAAAAGAAUUUAAAAAUAAAGAACAAGAACUAUCAAAUAAAAUAAAUGACUAUACUAAGGAAAAUGACCAAUUAAGUGUAUAUCAAUCAAAAAUAAUAGAAAUCAGAAAACAUUAUAAUGAUCAAAUUAAUGUAGACAAUACAAAGGGAGAAGAAGCAAAACAAAACUAUGACCAAUCCAAAGAAUACGCCAAGAAAAUACCUAUCAAAGAAGAUGAAACAUCAAAAUUCAUCAAUGAAGUAACAGCUAUGAAAAACGAACUCUUACGUAAAUUAAAGAAAUAUAUUGAUUUUGACGGAGCUUAUAAAGAAAAGGCUAACUCAGAACACGAAAAAAUUACCGAAUUAGUAAAAAAAAUAAGAAUUGAAAUUUCAAAAUACCUGGUGAAUAACUAUGAAAAGAAAUUUAAUAAUAUUAAGAAAUUAAUUAUUGAAACAAAUAAAUCCAUUGAAGAGGAAUAUAAAAAUAUCGAUACUCUUAAAAAGGUAGAUGAAUAUAUAAAAGUAUGUGUUCAUACAAAUGAAUUAAUAUCAAAUUUUCGUAAUAAACAAACUAUAUUAAAAGACAAAUUAGAUAAAAAUAUUAAUACCGUAAAAGAAACUAAUUCAAUAGAUAAACUUUAUACAAACCAGUUUGAAAAUAUAUUAACAGAAAAAAAGACAGAAUUAGAUAAAACAUUUACAGAUGCCGCUUUAAAUGAUCACGAAUCAAAUAACAAUGGAUUAAUGGAAUAUUUCAAUAAAUUAAAGGAAAGUUUAGGAAAAAAUAAAAAAAACAUGCUAUAUCAACAAUUCGAUGAAAAAGAAAAAGCUAUUGAUGAUAUUAAGAAAAAAAAUGCAGAUAUAAAUGAAAAUGUUUUAAAAAUCGAAGUAGCGAUUUAUGCAUCAAUUUAUAAUAUUAGUGACGAAAUGAAAAGAGAAAUUGGAAAAAGUAUAGAAUCACUAAAUACCCAAGUAAUUGAAAAGGUAAAAAAAAACGUAACCAAUUUGGAUGAAAUAAAGGGAAAAUUAAAACAAUAUGAUUUUCAUGAUUUUGGGAAAGAAGAAAAUAUAAAAUAUCCUGAUGAAAUUAACAAAAUUAAAAAUGAAAUUAAGACUGUAAGCCAACAAAUCGAUCAGCAUAUAAAUAAAUUAGAGGAAAUAAAAAAAAAGUCAGGGAGCCAUAUUGACGAAAUAAAAGGAAAAACAGACAAAUUCGAAAAUGUAACAGAUAAAACCAUAUAUAACAAGGAUCCAAAAGAAAUUGAAGAAAAAAUAAAAAAUAUAGUAACAAAAAUAGAUGAAAAAAAAAAUAUAUAUAUAAAAAUAAAUAAAUUAUUAGAUGAAAUAUCAGAAAUAGAAAAAAAUAACACAUCGUUAAAAAAAGUAAAAGAUAUAAAUGUAUCAUAUGGACAAAGUUUAGGCAAACUAUUUUUGGAACAAAUUGAUGAAGAAAAGAAAAAGGCUGGACACAUGAUAAAAUCAAUGGAAGAAUAUAUGGAUGAUCUUGAUAAUAUAAAAAAAAAAUCACAAGAAAUAGAAAAUGAAAUGAAAAUAAACAUGGACAUAAAAAUGUACAUAAAUAAAGAAAUGGAAGCGCUUAAUAUAUCACAUGACGACGACAAACAAUAUCACAAUAUAAGUAAAAAGCAUGAAGAAAAAAUUUCUGAUAUCCAUAAAAAUUCUUUAAAAAUAAUACAAGAGUUUUCUACGGAAUCAAAUAUAAAUGAUAUUAAAAACGAGUUACAGAAAAAGGUUUCUGAAUCCAAAAAUUAUAAUAAUGAUAUUAAUCAAAUUUUAAGCAAAAUUGCGAGCAUAUAUAAUAUUUUAAAAUUAAAUAAAAUUAAAAAAAUUAUUGAUAAAGUAAAAGAAUAUACUAAUGAAAUUGAAAAGAAUAAUAAAAACAUAACUGUUGAAUUAAGUAAUUCAAAAACAAUAAUUAAAGAACUCGAAGACGAUUCAAAUUUAAAAGAUUGUAAAUCGAAAAUAGGAUCAACAAUAGAUGAUGAUUAUGUUGGUGAAUGUAUAAAGAAGAUUACAGAUUUAAAAACUUAUAUUUUAAACAAAGAAACUAAUAUCGCCAAUCAUUUUAAAAAUGCCGAAAAGUAUAAUGAAAAUGUAUUAUUAAACUUUAAUAAUAUAGAAAUGGCUGAUAAUAAAGCACAAUACAUAUUAAAAAUUAAAAAAAAUAAUGGCACUAAUAACCAUGAUUAUAAUAUCACAGAAUUGAAAAAACACAAAGAUAUGUCUAAUGGUUAUAAAAAUGAGGCUGAUACAAAUAUACAAGCAUUUAAAAAAAAUAAGGAAUUAUUUGAAAAAUAUAAACAAGAUGUAACUGUACUUUUAGAUAAAUAUUAUGCAAUAGCAUUAAAAAAUAAAUUUGAUAAAACAAAAAAUGAUUCAGAACAAAUCAUAAAGGAAAUAAAAGACACACACACCACUUUUAUAUCCCAAGCAGACAAAUCUGAACAAAAAAUGAAGGAAAUAAAAAAUGAAAAAAUUAAUAUUGAAGAUGAAGUCGCUAAAAAUGAUAAAUCUAAUAAAGCAAUAAUAGAUAUUCAACUAUCCGUACAGCCAUUCGAAACAAAAUUCUUAAAAAUAAAGGAUCUAAGAACAAAAUCAGAUGAUUGUUUAAAAGAGACCAAAGACAUAGAGAAAGAAAUAUCAAAUUUAUCUAUAGAUACUCAAGAAACAAAACUAAAAGAGAACGGGGAGAAAUUAGAUACCCUUGAGAAACUUAUAGAAUCUCUCAAAAACAAAAAAAAAUAUAUUGAAGGCAAAAAAAAAGAAUUAGAUGAAGUCAAUUCCAAAAUUGAAAAAAUAAAAAUCGAUGUAAACAAGCAUAAAAAAAAUUACGAAAUUGGAAUUGUAGAAAAAAUAAAUGAAAUCGCCAAAGCAAAUAAAAACCAAAUUGAAUCAACACAAAAAUUAAUAAAACCAACAAUAGAAAAGCUAAUAUCUUCUUUUAAAACUAAUGAUUUAAAAGGUAUUAACACUGAUGAAAACCUAGGAAAAUAUAAUACAGAAAUGGGUGUCAUAUAUAAUGAGUUUAUGGAAUCAUACAAUCGAAUAGCAGAUUAUUUAAAAACGGUUUCAAAAGAACCCAUAACAUAUGAUGAUAUUAAAAAUACGCGAAUUAACGCACAAAAUGAACUCUCAAAAAGUAUAAAAAUUGAAAAUAAAGCCAAAUCCUAUUUAAAUGAUAUAGAAGCAAAUGAAUUUGAUAGAAUAGUCACACAUUUUAAAAACAAAUUAAAUACUGUGAAUGAUAAUUUUAAAAACGAAUAUUCAAAAGUUAACGAAGGGUUUGAUAAUAUUUCAAACUCUAUUAAUAAUGUUAAAAACUCAACUGAUGAAAAUUUAUUAUUAAAUAUACUAAACCAAACAAAACAGAUAUAUGCAAAUAUUGUCAAUCAAAAAUAUUAUAGUUAUAAAUAUGAGGCAGAAAACAUAUUUAUAAAUAUUCCGAAAUUAGCAAAUACUUUAAAUAUUCAAAUAAAAAACAGUUCAGGAAUAGAUUUAUUUAAAAACAUUAAUAUAGCUAUAUUACCUCACUUGGAUUCCCAAAAAGAAGAUACGCUAACAUUUAGUCCAUCUCCACAUAACAUAUCAAAAACAUAUACAAAAAUAAGCGAUUCUUACAAUACUCUUCUUGAUAUAUUAAAAAGAAGUCAAGAAUUGCAGAAAAAAGAACAAAAAACAUUAAAUCUUAUAUUCGAAAACCGACUUUUAUAUGACAAAGUCCAAGCAACCAAUGAAUUAAAAGACACAUUAAGUAAUUUAAAAAAUAAAAAAGAACAAAUAUUAAAUGAAGUUAAACUACUUUUACAUAAAUCUAAUGAAUUAAACAAAUUAUCAUGCAACUUUCAAAAUUAUGAUGCAAUUUUAGAACCAGCAAAGUAUGAUAAAAUCAAAGAAAAAAGCAAUAAUUAUGAACAGGAAAAAAAUAAACUUGGAAUAGAUUUUGAUGUAACAGCUAUGGAAAAAAAAUUUAAUAAUGAUAUUAAAGUUAUAGAAGAAUUAGAAAAUAAUUACAAAUCUUCAGAAAAAACUAAUUACAAUUUUUCAGAGGAAAACAAUAAUAUUUUACAAUCUAAACAAAAACUAAAAGAACUAACUAACGAAUUUAAUACUGAAAUAAAAAGAAUUGAGGAUAAAGUAAUAGAAAAAAAUGGUUUAAUUAAUAAAUUAAUAGAAAUUAGAAAGAACUGCAUGCUUUUUACACAUACAACAUUAUCCGAGACUCUUAAAAUCAAAAUAACUGAUUACUCGGAAUUCAUAGCGUCUGCAACUAAAUUUUCAAAAGAAUUUUUAAAAUACAUUGAUGAUAUUUCCAAUUCUUUAAAUGAUGAUAUAGGAACAUUGCAAAUAAAAUAUGAUUUACAUCAAACAAAAAAAUAUGUAACAAGUAUAUUUGCAGAAGCAACUAAUGAUAAUAAUGAUUUAAUAGAAAAGGAAAAAGAAGCAACUCAGGCAAUUAAAAAUUUGACCAAUCUAUUUACAAUAGAUUCAAAUAGCAUCGAUGCUAAUGCAUUACACAAUAAUAAACUACAAAUGGUUUAUUUCAAUUCUGAACUUCAUAAAUCAAUCAAAUCCAUAAAAAAACUUUAUAAAAAAAUGCAUGUCUUUAAAUUAUUAAAUAUAGGUCAAAUUAAUGAAAAAUAUUUUGAUAUAUCCAAACAAUUUGAUGAUAUUUUACAGCUUCAGGAAAGUGAAUUAAAAGAAAAUUUAAAUGAUUUAAAGAAAAUUGGUCAAAAAAUUUCUGAUAAAAAGAAUAAAUUCCUUAAUGAACUAAGUGAAACUCCAAUUCCCAACUUCAAUACACUUAAAGAGAUAUAUCAUGAAAUUGUUAAGUAUGAAAGUCAGAUAGAUGAAAUAAAAAAUAUUACUAACGAUGAAAAUGACAAUAUAACCUUAUAUAUGGAUAUAAUUACUAAAUUAAUGAAAAAGGUAGAAAGCAUUUUAAAUUUUGUUACAACUUAUGAAAAUGAUAGUAAUGUAAUCAAACAACAUAUUCAAGACAAUAAUGAAAAUGAUGUAUCAAAAAUUAAGGAUAAUUUAAAAAAAACAAUUGAAUCAUUUCAGAAAAUUCUAAAUAAAAUAAAUGAAAUCAAAGCUCAAUUUUAUGAUAAUAACAAUAUAAAUAAUGUUAUAUCUACCAUAUCACAAGAUGUAAUUGAUGUUAAAAAACAUAUUUCUAAAGAUUUAACUAUAGAAAACGAACUUAUCGAAAUACAAAAGAGUUUAGAAGAUAUUAAAAAUUCUACUUAUGAUAUCAGGAGCGAACAAAUAGCAAAAUAUGUCAAUACUAUACGAAACUAUGUUGAACAACAAACUAAAAAAAUUCAAAAUAAUCCAAAUAAAGACGAAAUAGACGAUAUAAUACAACAAAUCGUCAAUUAUAAUAAAGAAUCAGAAACAAAAUUACCCACCAUUACAGGUAAUAAAAAUAAUGAUACAUCAAUAAUCUCUCGUAUUAACAAAUUCAUUAAUUUAAUCAAAUCAGAAUAUAAUAACAAUGAUAAUGUAUCAUAUAAUGUUGCCAAAAAACUUGAAGAAGAUGUCAAUAACAUAAUUCUUGAUUUAGAUAAGAGUCAAAACAUGCUUAAAGAUUUAAUACAGCAAAAUUUAAAAAUUAUAGACGAUUUAAAAAAUAAAAAACAGGAGAUAGAAAAUAGUAAUAAUUUACAGACUAUUAAUAGGGAACAAGAAAUAACGCAAACAGAACAUGUUAACAAUACAUAUCAUCAUGAUAUUAAUGAAACAAACGAUAUAAAUCAAAAUCACCAAUACUCAAACUCAGAUAAAAAAGAAUAUUCCAAAACAAGAGAUACAGGAAAUUCGGUUAGAUAUGCCGGAGCAAUUGCAUUUGGUUUAGUAACAUGUUAUGUAAUUAUAAGAAUAAAAGAAAAAAGGGAUAAAGAUGAAAUGGAAUUCGAUAAAUCUAAAGGUUUUUACGAUGACGGUGAAAGUGCGCUUUUUGAAAGAGAAGAUGAAGUUAUAGAAGUAUAUAUGGAUGAGGAUUUAUGA